AUGUCAUUAGACAUGAGAAGUAAUGAACCAAAUGAAAACAGCAACGCUCUUGUUUUAUCAAGAAUCCGGGGUGGACUGGAGGUUGCCGUGGAUAACGUUUUUGGUCGGAGCCAAAAUGAACUGAACCUCAAAUCCACCAUCCACCGCCAUUACAAACAAAUGGUCUUCCUAAUCCUCCUCACACGCCUCCACCAGUCACCGCCGCCGUUGCAGCUUCUACUGUCUCACGAUCAGCAGCUAUGGCCGCCGAUCGACCGGUCGGCCUUUUUCUCCAUAAACCACACGCGUAUGUUGCGUCAUCGGAUUCACACCAAGAGUCGCCGCUGGGACUCGAAUGCAGAGACGUUUCGAACACAGAACUUCGAUUUUAACUCCACAGACGAAGACGAUGAUGAUUUUGAAGAAGAAGAUGAUGAUGAUGAUGAUGAUACAAUACAGUGGCUUGACAUCCUUGAGGACUUCAUUGACGGUGUGUGGAUUUUUAAGGUAUUCAGAUCAUUUGGGUGGAUGCUUCCUGCAAUAAUCUCAUCUUUGCUGUUAACAUCUGGUCCGAAAGCAUUUCUUAUGGCAUUAGCUAUUCCCCUAGGCCAGUCGGUGCUUUCUUUGGUAUUCCAGACGGUAUGGGGAAGGCCAAAGAAUAGAACGAAGAGCCAAGGCAAGAAGAGCAAGAGCAAGAGGAGACCACCACAACCACCACCGCCACAAAGUGCCGCAACUUCUGUGGAUAUAGACGACGAACAAGAAGACAAGUAUAUGAGAGGAGAAAGAAAGAGGGCAGCAACUGGGUAUCAAACAUGGGUGGCUGGAGAUGGUGGUUCAAGUAGCAAUGGUUCAUCAUCAAGUUUUGGUGGCUGGGAAGAACUGGAUAGAAGAGGUGGGUCUAAAUCUAAUACAGAUCGAAGACGAAAGACAUCAAAGAGUACAUUGAGCAGGAGAGAAAGAAGAAGCCAGACACCAUUACUUUUGAGAUUGUUGAUUGCAGUCUUCCCAUUUUUGGGUUCGUGGACUAGAUUGCUAUAAGAUUGUACUUGCAGAAGGUAUUUCUAUUCAAUUAAACAUAUUUUGUUCAAC